AUGGAAAGAGCUCUUGGAGCUAAGAACAAGCUUGUGUUCAUCAACGAAUCCAUUCGUGUUCCAAGUAUCAACGAUCUUAAUCGUUCUACGUGGGAACGAUGCAAUUGCCUUGUUCAUUCAUGGAUUCUCAACUCUAUUGAUCUCAAAGAAAGAUUUGUUAAAACUGAUAGAGUUCGCGUAUCUAAUUUGCAUGCUGAGAUUAACAAUCUCAAACAAGGAAACAAAUCUGUUCUGGAUUAUUUCACUGAGCUUCGUGGUUUAUGGGAAGAAUUGAAUUCUCAUAGACCAGAUUUGAUGCUCAACAAUGCAGAUGUGAUGCUAUGCGUAGUGCUCGAGAAUUUCGUCUUGAAGAUCAGAUUAUACAAUUCUUAUCACUUGAUAACAGAGUUACCGCAUCUGUCGGAGGUCUCUUCCUCACCGGAGCUCUCAUCCUCAUCAGAGCCGCCAUCCUCACCGGAGCCGCCAUCCUCCGUUUAUGACUCGGUGGCAAAGCUGUCAUCAUCCCUCUACCCAACUCCAUGGACACCACGAGCUCCUCCGGUCCCUUGGUUAACCCGCAAGCAGAUGAUGUAUCUUAGAAGGUCGACUUGUUAG